CCGUCCAGAGCUCAGACUGGUCAGCGCGAGAUGGACUGAGUUCUACAUGUGGCGAACGACACUCGCCGUCGUGCGCGGUGCGCUUGUCAUCUUGUAGACGCAGAACCCUCCCCCGUCAGUGCACUCUCCUCUCCGUCUCUUCGUCGACUUCCAAUACCAUGGCAUCGAUGGUCUUGCCCAGGAAGAGGACGUCACUUGGCUUGACGACCGAGCUCGAUGCUUGAACCUUGUCGCCUACUUACGAAACGCCACAUCUACCGCCGACCUAUAUACACACACGCGUCUUAUGGUGGCUGCCCGUCCACCCGGACGCGCCUGGUGUCUACAAUCCUCAAGAGCGACUCGACGCGCUCGGCGUCGCAGGUCGACUCCCAUGCCGCGCUGCGAGCCCCAUCCGCGACGUCGCGUUCCCACCGCUCAACAGCGUGAUCUGCGGCUCUGCGCCGCUCAAUCCGCGCUUUCUCUCACGCUGAUGCCGGGCAAUUUUUUGGCAGCUGCGCUCAUCUCCACUUGCGGGCGCGGUCUUCUCAUCACGCACGUGCUCUGAAACCGGCGGACGGCAAACGUGGUGGAGGAGUCACCCUCGCUGAGUCCUUCUGCUCUGUUUCCCAUGCAGGACUCGCGAUGCCGACGUGCGUCUGAUCACCGUAAUGCUCAUCAGACCACCUGCCCACGCGCGAUGUGGUGAUCACUUAAAGGCGCGUCGAGUCUCGCGUCUCGUGGGAGAUCAGCGCAGAGUCACUGACUGUCAUCUCGAGUCCCCGGCCGUGAGCACGCACGGCAC